CCAAAACGACUUCCCCCGAUCGACUGACAGCCCCUUUUGAACCUCUCGAGCAUCGGUCUCAUUCUACCACUUCAACUCACUACGUACAUAUACACAUAGCCACAAGCUUCAUCAACGCCCUCAGCAAUGACCCAAUCCGACCCAACAACCCUCCUUACAACGGCAACAUCCCUCUUCCUCUCCGAGUCCUACUCCGAAGCCCUCCCCCUCUACACCCAACUCAUCUCCCUCUCCCCCACCGCCGACGCACACCUCAAACGCGCCGCCUGCAACCACCAGCUCGCCCAUUUCGACGCCGCCGUGAAGGACGCCGAUGCCGCGUUGAGGUUUGCGGAUGAUGAUAAGGCGCGUGGGAAGGCGUUGACGAGGAAGGGGAUGGCGUUGUUGGAAUUGGGAAGGGCACAGGAUGCCGUGGAGGCGUUUGGGAAGGCGAGGGAGUAUGGGGAGGGGGUCGGGGUGCAGAGAUGGAUUGAGAAGUGUGUUGCUGCUGGUGCUAAAGCCCCUGAACCGAAAGUAACCGCUGAACCACACAAGCAGCCCCCUCAACCGGCCACAGCACCCCCCACCACUAUCCCAACAACCAUCCCGACCCCAGCGUCCGCCUCCAAAAUUCGGCACGAAUGGUUCCAAAACGACUCCCUCGUAACCGUCACCAUCUUCGUCAAAAACGCCGACCCCUCCAACGUCCUCAUCAACUUCUCCGAGCGCGCCCUCUCCGUGACCGUCAAGCUCCCGCACGCGGCCACCGAGUAUUCAUUGGAACUCGACCCGCUGGCCCAUGAGAUUGUGCCGGCGGACAGCAAGUUCGUGGUUAUGAAGACCAAGGUGGAGAUUACGUUGCGGAAGAAGGUUGUGGGGGUUAGGUGGGGUGAGCUGGAGGGGGAGGAGACAGGGCCGGUGGGGAUGAUUGCGGGGGCUGCUGGGGUGGAGAAAGUUGAGUACCCUACAUCAUCCAAAAAGAAACACAACUGGGACGCCCUCGCCGCCUCCGUCGAAACCGACAAACCCGAAGGCGAGCAAGCCCUCAACGCCUUAUUCCAGCAAAUCUACAAGGACGCCUCCGACGACACGCGUCGCGCCAUGAUGAAGUCCUAUGUCGAGAGUAACGGGACGGUGUUGAGCACGAAUUGGGAGGAGAUUGGGAAGAAGAAAGUUGAGGUGACCCCGCCGGAUGGGAUGAUUGCUAAGAAGCACGAGCUUUGAGUUUGGGGUGGGAUGAUGGAUGGGGCGUGAGGGGGACGUGUUGAUAGUGAUUGGCGAUAUUCUUAGGGAUGUACAAAAGGAAAGCACCGUGAUAGCUUCAGUUGUCUAAUACGAGUCUACUGGCACCCGACUAGGGCCAGGGCAUGCUUACAUUUUAACAAAAAUGAUAUGACC